AUGUCUUCCUACUCUAGUGCCGAUGAUGAAUAUGACUCUGACGAGCCACCUGAGCUAGACCUAGAUAUAGAAGAGCUGAAGAUCCGCGCGACCGAAGCCAUGCGCGCGACGUGCACUACCGUUGAGCGGCUCACGAGAGGUUCCUGGCAUGAGAUCUUUGCGCUUGGGUUCGAGGAAACUGAUGCGACACCCUAUGAGUCGCUGAAACGCGCUAAAUACUCUUGCAUCGCCCGUUUCGCCCGCGUCAAGGGAAACGAUGCCAAGGAGGAGAGUGAAGUUGCCACGAUCCGCUACCUCAAGCAGCACACCAGCAUCCCCGUUCCCGAGAUCUAUCAUCAAGACCUGGACCCCGAUAAUACUGUUGGCGCUGCAUUUGUUCUCAUGGAAAGGCUUCCCGGUCGUCAUCUUUACAAGACCUGGGAUGACAUGUCGCUUGAGAAGAAGAAAGUGGCUGUGUCCGAGAUUGCAUCCAUUAUCGUCGAGUUCGCUUCCCUCAGAUUUGACGAAAUAGGGUGUCUCACUCAGGACGGCCUUGGUCCAAUUCUGAGUCCUUGCUACAAAGAACCCCGGGGACCGUUCGACUCCUCACUUACCUAUCUGGAAUCUUUCAUAUCGUCAGACAGAGUUCAAUCAUCCGAGUUGGCACAGCUCUUCCAGCAAAUUAGGAGAGAAUUAGAAAUCUCCGUACACUGUGAAAACGCUGUCUAUCUCAAGCCUCCAUUUGCAUUCAUUCAUGCCGACUUUGACGCCCAGAAUAUGUUAUUCCUGGAGUCCCCAGAUGGUUCAGGCCCAAAGCUUACGGGACUGAUUGAUUUCGAAUUUGCUCAUACCGGCCCGCUGUACUAUCUUUACGAGUACCCCAUCUUCAUCCAGGAUGUAUCAUGGUCGAAGCACUUGUAUGCUGAGAAUGCGAUUCUUCGGGGCCAUUUCAUUUCGCAGAUCUUCGAUGGGUUGCCCGAUUUAGAGGCUCGAAAAGUCUUUAUUGCAGCUAUCAAUGCAAAAAGCUUUCUCCUCAACAACUUCAAGGAUUCAUUCAUGACAAUGCAGUGUUCUGAAGACACCCUCAUUCAGUCAGCAACUUACUACCUCAAGUCGCUAAGAGACGGAACAGGUCUUGCAUAUUCGGGUCGACUUGACUACAAAGCAGAGUUUUACUCUGAUGAAGGACAUCCUAUGGACUCAGCUGCACCGAUGACUACCAAAGAAAUACGGGGUUGA